AUGCUACUGAUUUUUCUGUUAAUAUUGUGGCUUUGGAACGUUGGCGGGGCGUUGAAUCAGACUGGGAAGAUUGUUGGGAGCGGAUCAGGUAGGUAGGAUAAUGUGGGUAUGAAUGACUAUAUUUGGUCAUGGUUCAUUGUCUUUGAUAGCUAGGUUGAUGCUGGUUAGUAUGAUGAUUUGGGAUACUAUACAGAAGCCUUUUAUAUAAUCUUUACUAAAGUACAUAGUUUUAAAAAUGGCAUUUUUCAGCUAUAAGUCAUACCCGCAUCAGGUGUUUAGAGAACAGUAUUGGUAUCGAAUUAGACAAUAUUGAAGGCUGGGAUGGUCGAAUAUACGCGAGGAAGAAUGGAAACGAUCCAAAUUGUGUUAAACAUUAUUCUGAAGUACAAACAAAUUUUUAGUUUUAUUAUUUUAAGCUCGUACUAUAUAGUACUAGCAUGAUUUUGUACUGUAGACUGGUAUUAUGUUUAUACAGGUUGUAUUACAGAGUAUUUUAAAAAUAUUUUCAGUUUGAAAAGAGGAUAACAUUGGAUAUACCAUUCAAUUUCUUACCUUGUGGUAUCAAGUCUAAAAGAAUGGUAAGAUAAGGUUGUUCUAUAGGUAAUUUACUGUACUAUAUGCCCAUAUAUUUUACAUUACUAUUUUCAUCAAAAAUAAUACGUAUUACUUUCACACUACUACUUUCAGCAACACCCCCGCUCUGGCCUAGAAUACACCCUAACUGUAAUAGUAAGCAAGGACCAUACUCACAUGACAGAAGACGACCAAAUGUUCACAUUAAGCUGCCGCUACUACAGUAACUACAAGGAUGUGGGUACAGUAAUGGAAGUGAGUACGUAUGCUCGGAACUACCUGGUCGGUGGACAAAGUGGACCAUCUUGUGAAUACUCGCUAAGGUAUGGGUCGCUAAAUGGACCACCAGCCCAGAAUGCUAAAAUUGGUGAUAAGGUGUUUCACGAAUGGAAAUGUGCCGAUUCGAGUUUUGCCUUCAAGGUUUACGACUGUUUUGUGCAUGAUGGUGCUGAUAAAAAGUACAAACUUAUCGAUGAGGAGGGGUAGGUUUAUUAUUUUUCUUGGGAAUGGAUGGGGCAUGGCACGGGUAUUUUGUUUUUCUUUCUGUUUGAUGUUGGAUAGGUGGAAAUGGUAUAAUAUAAGGAUAUAGUAAGGUAGGACAAUGUAGAGCAGGGUAGGGUAGAGUAAAGUAAAGUAGGAUAGGAUAGGGUGGGAUAGAGUAGGGUAGCAUAGAGUAGGGUAGAAUAUCAAGUUCAAUUUUUUACUUUGAACUUUCCAGAUGUUCCAAAGACAAGACGAUAAUACCAGACCUAACUUAUGAUCCAUCUUUGAACUUUGCUUUUGCUGCCAGCCGGGUUUUUAAAUUUGCUGAAUCAACAAAAAUGUUCUUCAACUGUUUGUUGUACAUGUGUCCGAAGAGUGAUCCUGCUUGUCAACAAGCUGUGGUAAAAUUUUUAGCGAAUAUAACGAUAAAUACUGAUAAUAUAGCUACAAUUGGUCUAAAAAAUAAGUUCUUUACCGUUUUUGCUAGUGUUUUGUGGUAAAUUAGGUAAUAUUGUUCUUGAUAUUGACAUUUCAGCCACCUAGAUGUUCAAGUCGUUCUAAACGUUCUGCCGUUCAGACUUUAUUCACAGUGAAUUCAACUUUAUCUGCUCCGAAAAACGAGGAAUUCGAGGAGGACGAGCUGUCUGUAAACAAAGUUUUUGACAUUCCAAAUGGACAUCCGGUUUAUGAUGAUCAACGGUACUACCAGGAGCUACAUAGUACUAUAGGUGGUAAUACCGGCAUCAAUUUUUAUGCUGGGCAUGGCACUGGUAAUGAGUAUCGACGUGGACAUGGUACUUACUUUGGUAGUAGGCCUGGUACUGAAUCAAAUUAUAGGCCUGGAGCUGAAUCGAAUGAUAGGAUAGCUACUUCCUUAAGUAGUAGCCUCAAUGGUAUGCCUAAUAGGCUUAAUAUUCUUGACAGAAUUAGACUUGGUACUGAUGGUACUAGUACUAUGGAUGAUAUGGGCCAAGAUGGUACUAUGAACAUAGAAAGAAGUACCAUGCCAAAUACAGUAAUCGGCGGAGGCAGUUAUAGUCAGAACGAUACAAACACAGUGCUGAACAACAUCAAAAGCACUUCAAUGGGACAUCAAGCCAUGAACAAUAUCAAAGAUUCCCUUGUUGUACAUCAAGGCGGAUAUCAAAGAAACGCUGAUAAUGUCAAUGAUCGAUAUAAAAGUGGUUACAAUGCUCAAGAUAGUCAUAGCACACAUAUUGAUGAAGGUACUGGUCAAAAAUUGGAUAGAACGGUGGAAAAUGCACAAAGAUAUCAACAUAUUAUCCAUGAUGGCCAAUAUCAGACUACUAUGGAUAAUGUUGGAAAGUUUGAGGGAAUGAAAUUGGAUAAUGACAAAACUUAUCAGCCAGUCGAUGAAAAAGACUUUAGAGAACAUAAUUUAUUUAUGACAGCUGCUAAAAGUGACAAUUUCGGCUCAAACAAUGAAAAUUUAGGCCAAAGUCAUGGUGAAUAUCAACAAAAGGUCAAAGAAACGGAAAAAUCUGAUCUACCGGACGUCAUUGGACGUGACCAACAUCAAGAAGCAAAUCAUAACGUUGUGUAUGAUCCAGAAAAUACAGUAAACAAUAAUUUAGAAAGUACUGUACCACCAAGUUCACCUGAAGACAACUAUAACUUAAACCAUGAUCAAGUUCAUGGAGUAGUCGUUCCACCGAGUCAUCAGAUUGAAAAAGACGAGUUGGAAAAACUUAUUCAACAACAUCAUGAUCUUUUUCAUCAUAAUGAAGGUAUCAGCUUAGGUAGUAAUGUACAAAGUAACGAUGAGUCGCUACAACAACUACAGAAUGAUGACACGGUGAAAGCAGAUGAAUUUACUAUGGCUUCAUUUGUGUAUCCUCACAGUAAGUUAGGGUAGGAUAUAAUAGAGUAGGGUAGAGUAUGGCUGGGUACGGUAGGAUACGAUAGGGUAGGAUCGUGCCUAGUCGAGUAGGGUAGUGUAGGGUAGGAUAUUGACUUGUAUGAUAUUAUAGUGAAGGGUAAGGUAGGGUAAACUUUAAAAUACAUAUUCUUGAUUUUAAUUUUCAGUUGAAUCCAAAGACGAAAAACCGUGCAAUCGUCUGAAGGAACAAUUCAAAAAGGUUGUUAUGGCAUUGAUUAUAGGGAACUUGGUGUCACUAACAAUUUCAAUUUUGCUUUUGGCCAGGUUCUGUACACGACGACAUAGUGCCAGUAUGAAUGUACAGCUACGGGGUUAUGGAGUAUAG